AGCUACGAUGAGCGACAGCGUGGCGCUGGCGCUUGACACACGGAACUAAAAUCUUCGUUUCCGUUUCAAUAGGGAGCUUUCACAUUGAAGGACAGAAGUUUCGGUGAGAACUAAGAAGAUUGUUGUAAUCUUAUUAGCUACUCUGUCUCGUGUAUUGAGAUCAGUAUGGCAGGUGUAGAGACCCCAGCUUCCCCUACAGCAGAGGGCCGGCUGACCGAGGAGUUUGCUGUCCCGUCCCACGUCGAGGCAGAGAGGGCACUAAUGGCAGAGUUUGCAGAGCGCCACACGUCUGCUGGUCGCAGAGUGGUGCUGAUCACGUCGGGGGGCACCAAGGUCCCCCUCGAGUCCCGGACUGUCCGUUUCCUGGACAACUUCAGUAGCGGGAGGCGAGGGGCCUCCUCCGCAGAGUACUUCCUGGAUUCGGGCUACGCCGUCAUCUUCCUGCACAGGCACCGCUCCUUAUACCCUUACACCCGCCUCUACUCCGGGGUCAACCUGAUGGACGCCCUGCAGAUGGAGGGGGAUGGGGGCUCCAGCCAGGUGACGGUGGACCAGCGGGUGCUGCCCAACGUUGCAUCUGUGCUGAAACGGUACCGGGCGGUGAAGGAGGCCCGGCUUCUGCUGCCGGUGGAGUUCAGCACCCUGUCCGAGUACUUGCACCUGCUGAAGGCGGCUGCCCAGGCUCUGAGCUCCAUAGGGCCCAAGGCCAUGUUUUACCUGGCAGCUGCGGUGUCAGAUUUCUACAUACCAGCCUCGGAAAUGCCUGAGCACAAGAUCCAGUCGUCCAAUGGCCCCUUGCAGAUCAGUAUGAAAAUGGUGCCAAAGAUGCUGUCUCCGCUGGUGAAGGACUGGGCCCCGCAGGCGUUCGUCAUCUCCUUCAAACUGGAGACCGAUCCGUCCAUUCUGCUGGAGCGGGCGCGCCGCGCCCUGGACACCUACAGGCACCAGGCGGUGGUGGCCAACGUGCUCGACACCAGGCGCGGCUACGUGGCGGUGGUGACCCGCGACACGCAGGCCGAGUUGGCCGUCACGGAGGAGGACGCCCGGGCGGGCGUGGAGAUCGAGGAGAAGAUCGUCAGCAACCUGUCUGCUGCGCACGGCAGCUUCAUGGCCCUGCAAGGCUGAGGGGCGGAGCGCCCCCUCUCCUCUGGAGGAGGUGGAGCAUAGUACUGGAGGCUGCUGCGUGCUUGGAAAGAUGUGCAAACUCUGUACAAGGUCUGAACUAUCAGUCCUGCCUUUCCUCAUACUUACUGUAGAUGGAAGAGGGACUUCGGGAACCCUGUUAUGGGUUCAGCAUCCAUGUACGGUUACUCGAGCAAUCGCUACCAACCUCUUAUCGUGACACAUUUUGACUUGUAUCAACCUGUCUCUGUCUUGGCAGAUUUCAUUGUAGAGUUAGUUUGCAAAAGUGUGUUUCACUGACCAAUACAAAUGACUAGCUUCAAAUUCCCAAAUUCAAGUGUAUUUAGUAUCAAAGGUAAUCUAACAAUGUAAUUAAAUCAUGGUUUUUGAAACAUUUAA